UUACUUUUUAGCGUGUGCUCUUGGUUUGGGCCUGUGGAUGGUGUCCUGUCCCUCUGGCCCCUCUGGCUGCGGGUCUGUUGAUCCUAUUGUCUUUUGCAUCAACACUCGUGGUCUGGUGCAUAAAGGGCAUCUAGUUAGCAGCUUAAACUCUACGGCAGGCAUGAAAAGCAGCCAUCAUAGCCCAUUCGCUCACAUCUGCUCAGUGGUGCGACAAGGACGAGGACUGAGUUUGGGUGACUGGGGGACAGGAGUUCAAUUCGCCCCACAGGGCACCAGGAGCAACGGACAGAACUGGACUGCAUUGAAUCCACCACUGCAAAGCUAAUAUACAACCAUGGGAGACUGGAGCUUCUUGGGUAAUAUCUUGGAGGAAGUAAACGAGCACUCCACUGUGAUUGGCCGUGUUUGGCUCACGGUGCUGUUCAUUUUCCGCAUCUUAAUUCUGGGCACGGCUGCCGAGUUUGUCUGGGGAGACGAGCAGUCUGAUUACAUAUGUAACACUAAGCAGCCAGGUUGUGAGAACGUGUGUUACGACGAGGCCUUUCCGAUCUCUCACAUCCGUCUAUGGGUGUUACAGAUCAUUUUUGUAUCCACACCUUCGCUUGUAUACGUCGGCCAUGCUGUCCAUUACAUUCACAUGGAGGAGAAGCGCAAGGAGCGUGAAGAAGCUGAGGUUAGCCACCAACAGGAAAUAGGUGAGGAGCGUCUUCCCCUAGCGACAGAUCAGGGAAGUGUUCGCACCACCAAGGAGACCAGCACGAAGAGUAGCAAAAAGUUCAGACUCGAGGGAACCUUGCUUUGCACCUAUAUCUGCCACAUCAUCUUCAAAGCUCUGUUUGAAGUAGGCUUUGUAGUCGGACAAUACUUCCUCUACGGGUUCCGCAUCCUGCCACUGUACCAGUGCAGUCGUUGGCCGUGCCCCAACACGGUGGACUGCUACGUCUCCCGGCCCACCGAAAAGACUAUCUUCAUCAUUUUUAUGCUGGCAGUUGCUUGCGUUUCCUUGUUCCUCAACUUUGUGGAGAUAAGCCACCUUGGCUUGAAGAAGAUCCGUUUUGUGUUUCAUCGACCAGCUCCUGCUCAGUUGGAACCUCUCGGACCACCGGAAAGAAGCUUACCGUUUCUCUUGAACACCCCUGUCCAAAAACGCAAAGGCUAUAGGCAUCUUGAAGAGGAGAAGGUAGACGAGGUUGCACACAUAUAUCCACUAGCUGAGGUCGGUAUGGAAGAGGGACAGUUCGUCUCACCUCAACUGGAGAAGGAGCAGAAAAGGAGUCAGGAGGCCGUUAUGCCAACAGCUCCACCUGUAGAGGAGACAAUCAUUUGUGAUGAGACUCGACCUUCCUUCAUUCAGGUCACAGAGACACUAUCUGAGCUCCCAGAGGAGCUACUUCGGGAAGGAGAUGAGGUAGACAGCUUAAGGACUCAGACAGCUUUACCAGAAGUACUGGAGGAGCAAUCAGAGGGAGAGAGUGUGGAGGAAACAUAUUUGAUAUCACUUGAGGAGAGUCUGGAUAUAGAUCUAAGAGAACUGGCCAGUAGAGAGGCAACUGAGGAAAAGUCUGUGAAAAAGAAUUUGGUAGAUGCUGAGCCAACACAAGAGGAAAAAUUUUCAGGAGCUGAAGAGAAUGAAAUCUCACAGGAAUUUAGGGGAAAGGAGGAUAACACCUAUAAGGACAAGGGGUUAAGAGAAGAAGAGGGUUUACCUGAUGUGGUAGAGGAAGGGACAGAAAUUGGGGUGCUUGGUGAAGAGAGAGAACUUUGUGAGAUUGAGCCUUUUGUAAAUGAGGACAUUUUAGAGGAGGUAAAAACUUUAGAUGAUGAGAAGAUUGCUGGAGAUUUGGGGGAACAAAAGUCUGAGGCUUUAGGGGAGGUUGUAGGGUCAAAUGUAUCUGACAUAGAGCCCAUUGGGAAAGAAGUGGAUUUGGGAAAGGACAACGCUCAGGGGAACGUAGAAGAUACAGGAGUGGGUACUUUAGAAGAUGUAAAUAAUAUAGGAACGGGUGGUGCUCUAGAGGAUUUAGUGGAUGCAGGAAGAAGUUGUGGUCUAGAUGAUGUAAGGAUGGGUAAGGAUGAAGUUUUAGAAAAUCUAAAUGAGAAUAGACCUAUUGAGACUGCAUUUAAUACUGUUGAGGAAGUUUUAGAUAAAGCUCUAGGACUGUCAGUUGACUCUGUGCAGGUGAAAACUUUGGGGAAGGAUGGGGUAUCAUUAGAGAUAGAGGAUCCAGAGGAGUUGAAAGGCUCUAGGGAGUGGGAUGAGAAAGAAGAAGAAUCUGUGGGAACUGGAGGCCCUGAGAAAGAGUGUUCUGAAAAAUCAAAAGCCUUGGAGGCCAUUGAGGAGGUGAUGGAUGUUCCACUUGUAGCUCUGGAAUUAGAGACAACAGAGGAAGCAAGAUCAUUAAGUCGUCUUAGCAAAGGGAGCAGCAGAGCCAGGUCGGAUGAUCUAACUAUAUGACUGACCAAACAGAAACUCAAUCAAAUUCUUUGAUUCCAAAUAGUGCCACAUCAUCAGGCGGACAAGCAUACAUGCAUGUUUUCUGGAUCAGGACUAUUUAAAAUCCGAUCCCAAAUGAUGCUCCCCUUUAUACUGAUAAAGGCAGCUAUUUUCAUGCAUAAGAAUUUGUAAUAUUUUAAAAAAAAUAUGUAUUUCCCAAAAUUAAGCCCCAUAGCACCCCUCUGUGGUACCCCAGAUCCAAGUUAAUCUUAAAAGCAAUGCAAAAGAAACUGAAAAAAAAAAUCAUAUAAUUAUCUUAUAAGGUAAAAAUAUAAACAUUAGCCACUUUCUAAAAAGUAGCUAAUUUCUCGCUGUGAAAAGUGUUAGACAUAUUUUCCUAACACAACUUUAAUUCUUUUUUUUAAAUGUCAAACAUUUAUGUUUUGAAGCUAGAAAGGUUUAGGAAUAUGAGCAAAACA